AUGGAACUUUCGGGGGCGCGUGCCCACAGACAGCGCCUGACUCUCCCUCUCCAACCUGGAUCUAAGGAAAAACCCAAUGUCCUUCACUAUAAGAAAAGUCUCAAGGAGUACUGUAUCGGAAACUCAGACAACUUGACUGUGGUGUUCAAGGAUCUAGGUCCACAAGUUUCCUACCAGACACUUUUCUUCUUUGAAUAUUUGGGUCCGCUGCUGAUCUACCCAAUUUUCUACUACUUCCCUGUGUAUCAAUUCUUCGGCUACAAAGGAGAGCAUGUCAUUCACCCAGUUCAGACAUAUGCCUUGUACUACUGGUGUUUCCACUACUUCAAACGUAUUAUGGAGACAUUCUUUGUUCAUCGCUUCAGCCAUGCAACCUCACCACUCUCUAAUGUGUUUCGGAAUUGUGCUUAUUACUGGACAUUUGGUGCUUACAUUGCUUACUAUGUGAAUCACCCGUUUUACACCCCUGUUAGUGACCUCCAGAUGAAGAUCGGUUUUGCUUUUGGAGUGCUUUGUCAAAUCUCAAACUUCUAUUGCCACAUCUUGCUGAGGAAUCUUCGUAGACCUGAUGGAAAUGGUGGCUACCAAAUCCCGCAUGGGUUUUUGUUCAAUAUUGUCACAUGUGCAAAUUAUACAACAGAGAUUUAUCAGUGGCUGGGUUUCAAUAUUGCAACACAAACGAUUGCGGGUUAUGUCUUUCUUGUGGUUGCCACUCUGAUCAUGACUAACUGGGCACUUGCUAAGCACCGGCGUCUGAAGAAGUUUACUUUCCUUGCCUUUUUGCUUAACAAGAGGCUUCCAAUACAUUUCUUUUGCACAAUUUUAGUAAUGCCCUGUGAAACUUGUGUUUCUUUGGAGCACGACGGCCUAUGCAUCUUCAUACUCUAUCCCUCUCCCUUGUCGAUAUCUAUUCUUCUAUUCUAUCUUAUAAAGGGAGAACAACUUUUGGUGUUGACUCCUCUUUGA